GUCCACUGCGGUACCUCUUAUGCAGAGCAUAAUCAGGCUCAGUCCAGCCCUCUAAAUUUUUAUUGUUGUACAAGAAGUGAAGCAGCAAAACAAGCAUGCCCAAUUGGUUAACCUACUUGUAACUGACGCCUAUAAAUACCGUGUAGGCAUUCCAUCCUUCUGCCUGGGCCAAUGCCUACUGGUACUACCUGAGGCCUUUCUUGAUCUCUCAACACACUAUCUAUUUGAACAGCGUCACCCCCUCGAACACUUCCUACCCCGGUCUUGUACACUAUCAUAUUACCUGGGGCCGCUACACCAAUGCUUCAGUCCCAUUACAACACCUCUACACAACAUGUCGGUGAUCAUCAACUCCGAAAUCGUUGAAUACGACAGACUGAUUCCCAGAACUAUUGAGCCUGAAGUUGAAGAUCAGGAGGUGGAGGCUCUGAUACCUUGGGUAUUCCACAAUGCCUCUACAUCGACAGAAGAUUGCAUACUAGAUUGGCCAAGACAAGAGAGCGAUUUUCGGGAUUUCUUUUCUUACUUUUGUUCCUAUGCUGCUGAGUUGGAAGAGCAAAGCAGAGGUGGAGUCGCAAGUGUGCUGAGAGCGAGGGAGGUGAUCAUUCUGCCUAGAAGAAGCUGGAAGGCGCCUCAACGAGACAGGUCCAGGCAUUUGAUACGGUCGCAGAGCACUAUGCUGAAAUUAUUAAUGAGUACCAUUUAUCUUAUUAUUGAAGAUGGCAUUGAACAAUGUCCGAAAGUGAGCUUCCAUAAAGCAAAAGCAAGGCAGACUUAUGUGAUUGAUGGUCAACGGUAUGCUACUCAGAUAGAAGGGGCUAUUACCGUCGAUGUGAAAGACACACCUGUGCCUAUAUUAUCCUUUCCUGGGUGGUACGAGAGACAAACCUGGUCCGAAUAUCUCGAAGAGACCUUGAGCGUUAUGCUGGGGCAGCUUGCCAGUAAUCUGUCUGCAAAAGACCGCAGCGCAGGCCGCAAGGACGAGGAGGUCUUUGUGGUUGGAUUUCACGGGCUUUAUCUUCACAUUGCGCACGGCCAUUUUCGAGCUGAUACAAUAUCUCGGGUGCAUGCAAAAGGAUGCUCUGACCAUGAGGUUUUUGACUUGAAAUUCACACGGGGUCAUAAUCUAAGUCUAAAAGAAGAUUGGGUAGAAGCUGUGCGAGCUUUGGCAAGACUGCUGCGAUUUCUCCUUAGUGGAAGCGCAAAAGUCGGUGCCAUAGAGGCCUAUCUACAGAAGAGCUGAUAUUAUUGGUCAUGGAUUCAUGUUAAUUCCUUCAUCUACAUUCUGUCCUAUUGAUACUAG